AUUCCUUCACUUUCCCCGCGGGAGAUUCGUGAUCGGAAAUGUUGCGGCUGGCUAACGCUUCGAAGAAGGUUCUGGGGUUGGCGUUGGUGGAGGCUCCGUCCCGGCCGCUUCAGAUUCUUCCACGACUUUACCACGACAGGGUUAUCGACCACUACAACAAUCCUCGGAACGUUGGGUCCUUUGACAAGAACGAUCCGACGGUGGGCACGGGGUUGGUCGGCGCACCGGCAUGUGGGGAUGUGAUGAAGCUGCAGAUUAAAGUCGAUGAAGAGACGGGAAAGAUUGUCGAUGCUCGUUUCAAGACCUUCGGUUGUGGUUCGGCAAUUGCCUCUUCAUCUGUAGCUACUGAAUGGGUGAAAGGAAAGCAGAUGGAGGAAGUGGUGUCCAUUAAGAACACAGAAAUAGCAAAACAUCUUUCUCUUCCACCAGUUAAGCUUCACUGCAGCAUGCUGGCUGAGGAUGCAAUAAAAGCUGCUGUAAAAGAUUAUGAAGCCAAACGAGCCACAGCAAAUGGUAGUGUGGAAGCUGCACCUAUGGAGAAGGCUGCUGACGCAUGAUGCCUGUUUUUCAUAUGCUGAUAUUGAUGAAAAUAUCUUAGUAUUUGCUGCCAAGGGGUGUCCUGGAGACUGGUGGUUGUCAUCCUUUGAAGUGCAAAGGACUUGUUGUAGAAACACAAAGAUGUUUAAUCCAUCUUAUUAGUAGUAGGGCUAUGAAUCUGAAUAAGAUCUUGCUUUAACGCAGAUACAAUGAAUGUGAUGGUAUAGUUUAUUAGACUACUCUGCCCAUUGUAGCAAAUCUUGGGGUUGUGUUUCUUUUCUUUUCUUUUUUUCCAAUUAUUCAGAACCUGAAUCUUAAAAGAAGAUAAAAAGGAUUUUGCCUUUUUAUGUGACGUUAUGUUGUACCUGGUUGGGUGGCUUGGAAAACCACUCUUUUUUAUGGGCAUUCAGCCAUUGGAGAGCAAUUUAAGUUCAUUUUUGUUUCAUUGGCAAGCUGUGAGAUACAGAUAGAAGCAAGUUGUACCAGCAAGACUUAAUUAAUUAUCUUGACAUAC